UGUUUGUCUUUCUUUAAUACAUCAAGAAUAGCAAACAAAAUAGCCACCGUUGCCUUUUGUUUUUGCCUUUAUCUAAACAAAAGCUGAGAUUAGGAUUCAAUGUUUUUUUCAUCUUUCCUUUUUCUCUCCAAAAUCAUAUAUAUGGUAAAUUAAAAGAUCUGAUUUUGAUAGGAACAAAGUUAUGUAUAUAGUAAUAUAGGAACGUUAAGGAAAAAGUAACCAUUUUUAUAUAAUAAAAAAAUCAAGAAGGUGGCCAUAAUUGAGAUUUCCAUGAAGGUUGGAUUUUUAUGCAUAUUUUAUAGAUAUUUUUAGUGAUAACAUUGUUUGGAAAUCAGAAAAUCAAAAGGGUGAUUUUUGUUUUUGUGGAAUGAGAGUUUGGAGAGAAUGGAUUUCUGGCCAGAGUUUCUUGCAAGUAGUUCAGGUAGAGAGUUUGUGGCAGGUGGAUUUGGAGGCAUUGCUGGUGUGAUUUCUGGUUAUCCUUUGGAUACUCUUAGAGUCAGACAACAAUGUUCAAAAAAUAGUGGUUCUGCUUUUGGAAUCCUUAGAGAAAUGGUGGCUAAAGAAGGAGCAGCUUCUUUGUACCGUGGCAUGGCUGCACCAUUGGCAUCUGUAACUUUUCAGAAUGCAUUAGUUUUUCAAACAUAUGCAGCUCUCUCAAGAGCAUUUGAUCCAUCUGAUUCUGCUAAGCACCCUCCAUCCUACAAAAGUGUCGCGUUAGGCGGAAUCGGCACAGGCGCUCUUCAAAGUUUAUUAUUGUCACCAGUAGAACUGAUCAAAAUUCGACUUCAGCUGCAAAACACAAACCAGUCAAAAGGAUCAACAACAAGAAGUCCUACAAAAGUAGCUAAAAACAUAUGGAGAAAAGAGGGUCUCCGCGGCAUUUAUCGAGGACUCGGCAUAACUGUAAUAAGAGAUGCACCUUCUCAUGGAGUCUACUUCUGGACAUAUGAAUACAUGAGGGAACAGCUCCAUCCAGGUUGUCGAAAAGGCGGUAAAGAAAGUCUGAAUACUAUGUUGGUGGCCGGAGGAUUAGCGGGCGCAGUCAGCUGGGUUUUCUGCUAUCCUUUUGAUGUUGUGAAAACAAGACUGCAGGGUCAAACACCUUCUGCAAUAAAAUACAAAGGAAUUUACGAUUGCUUUGCGAAAAGCAUCAAAGAAGAAGGUUAUGUUGUGCUGUGCCGCGGUUUAGGAACUGCGGUUAGCAGAGCAUUUGUGGUGAAUGGUGCUAUAUUUGCUGCUUAUGAGUUUUCAUUAAGGUUUCUGUUUGACAAUGAAAACAUUCAAAUGCAGGAAACACUUUAGGAUAGAAAGUGAACUCAAAAAAUAAUCAAAACUCAAGUAAAUUGUUAUAUUCAAUAUAUAACAUUUUUAUUUUAUCUUGACACACAGUAUAAUGUUAGAUUAUUCGAUUACUUGUGUUAGAAGUUUUCUGUUUUUUCUCUUGCAUUGCUUUACUUUAGUUAGUUAGAGUGUUGGUUACUUGUUUGUUAAGUUUGUUAACCAACCUCUCUUCAUGUACUCUAUAUAAAUAGAUUGAUUCA